AGCUCUUUAUUCCAGCAAUACUCGAUCCAACAACACCAAAACAACAUAGGAUUCGUCAUGGUGAAAUUAUUUUUGACUGGAGGCACUGGCUACAUUGGCGGCGAUGUACUCAGCGCCAUCGUUGAAGCUCAUCCUGAUUAUGAGAUCACCUGCUUGGCACGCAAUGCUGAGAAGGCUGGUCUUUUAAACAGUCGAUAUCCUUUUUUGUCUACCAUUGUCGGGGAUUUGGACGACUCCCACCUGCUUGCGGAACAAGCUGUAAAGGCUGAUAUUGUAUGCCAUCUCGCCAACUGUGAGCAUCCGGGUGCCGUCCAAGCCAUUUCCAAAGGCUUUUCUCAAUUGGAUGCAUCUAGCCCAGCAAAGGCAUUCAUUCACUUGUCUGGUUCCGACAUCCUUUGCUUUGAAGAUCUCGACAACUCCACAUACGGGACGAAGAGCAACAAGUUCUAUGACGAUAUGCAAGGUGUUGAUGAGGUCCUUGACAUUCCGAAAGACGCUCCACACCAAAGCGUUGAUUCUGUUGUCACACAACUUGGGUCAAAAAACAAGGUAGUGAAAACUGCCAUUGUCUGCCCGCCUGCAAUUUACGGAACUGGCCGUGGUCCAGGAAACAAGCGUAGUAUCCAGGUGCCCGAGCUUGUAUCUCACACGCUGAAGAGGGGGGCAGGCUUCAGAGUAGGACAAGGCGAGAAUCGUUGGGCUACGGUGAACAUUCGAGACCUAGCACAACUCUUUCUGAAGCUUGUUGAAGAUGCGGCGAGCGGCACCUGGAAGGGAACGUGGGGAAGAUAUGGGUUUUAUUUCGCUGGGUCUGGGCUAGCCUCGUGGGGCGAUGUUUCUGCGCAGAUUGCUCAAGAAGCAGUCACCCAGGGGUUUCUGAAAAGUGGAAAAGUGGACUCUCUUUCAUGGGAGGAGGCCGACAAAGUUUGGGAAUAUUCUUCCAUUUUCCUGGGUACAAAUUCUUUGUGUAAGUCUCUCCGAGCCAAAGAAGUUCUUGGUUGGGUCCCAGAAGGGAGAUCGCUUGGUGAGGAGAUUCGAGACCUCAUCAACCAAGAAGCCACUAGUCUUGGCCUCGCAAGAAUUCAUUAGUUAAAAUCCAGGACAACAUCUGCUGGC